AUGGAAUCAGGCUCAUAUUCACCUGCAACACGCUGUAAGGAGGCAGAAGGAACAGGCAGACCGCAGAAGGUGUCCAGGUCACAACUAUCAACCGGGCCAGUGGGUAUGGCUAUCAACACGGGAUCUCCGUCUCCGGCUCCCGUGCCGCAAGUUACAUCCCCAGAAAAAAUCAAGGAGGAAUUUCUGUCAUUCACUGAAGAAGGUGCUGUGGAUCUCUGUAGAAUAGCACGUUUCGUAAAGCAUCACUGCAACUUGACAGUUCCUCUUGUGAAACCAAGAAGCUGCACUCUGAGAAUUUGUGGGCUGAAAGAAACCGUGUACGAAGGGGAUGAAGAGCAACUUGAAGCAUGGAAAUAUUAUUACCUGCCAGAAAGGAUGGAAAUGGAAGUGAUUGGUGCCAUUGAUGACUUCCCGUGUGAUGCAUUCGGUCUGCAGCUGGUGAUUUUGUUGGGUGAAGAUGGAAGGGUCUUUGCCUGUGAGGAUGAGCUUUUGCACCUUGUAGCCAGGAAUUUGAGGGACCUGCUUCAGAAUGAAAUGGCUUUCCCUGGAAUAGAGACCUUCAAGCUUGGAGAGUGUUUUGAAGAGCCGACUGAGGAAGAAUAUCUUGAAAUGAUGGAAAGCGUUGAUGUCAAAGAAAUGAAGAAACAACACAUGAAGUUCAGAGAAUCUCUGGAGUUUGAUUUGCUCAACACUAUGAAUGAAAUCACACAGAGCCAUAACAACCCAUAA